AUGAUGAGUAUCAAAGCAGCUGUGAAUGACACGGAGGUGAAAGUGAUGGUGAAGCGUCUAUGGCGGCAGCUUAUCCGACACCUUCUGAAAGAUACCGAAACUCUCACAAACAAAUACGGGCUACGAGCGUACAAUCCUGCCGAUGAUACACUCCCACAAUCAGGUAUCAGCUCCAACGCCCUCAAACGUUUUCGUCUUCGAUUGCGUCGACAGUCUCAAGGAUCCGGCGUUCUCGAUAAGACUAGGCGGGCCAUCCACGAUGAGACAAAGUUCCAGAAGUUCGUAGACGAUAUCCGGGACUUGAUCGAUGGCUUGAAUGAAACGGUGCCUGUGUCAUCCGAGUUGGAAGAACAGAAAGUACAGGACGAUAUCGCAUCAAUGGUCGACGACAUCCAAAGCCUCCAUUUAUUCCAAGAAGCAUGUAAAGAUGACUAUCCCAAGUGGUGGACAGCAGCAAGCGCGGCGAUCGAUGUAUCUGAUGUUACUACUCUCGAAAAGCGAUUGGCGGACGAACGUCUAGAGCACUAUGAGCUUCCAAUUCAGGGCGGUUCGGGUGCGGAGGUUGGUGUUCCCAUGAUACCAACGCAUUUUGGCGAUCAAAAAGUCUACUUGGACACUAAAAAGCCGGGUUUUUUUAUGUUGACGGAAUCUUGUCGUGCUCAAGGCUCAGAAGCACCUUGUGUUCAAUCACGCUUAGGAACGAUGUCCUUUCAAAACAUUUAUAGCAUCAUUGCCCCAGGCACUGUGCGUACUCAUUCCGCUCCCGGGUAUCGCAUUACAAAACAUAUCGACCCGCAAAACUUCACCUACGUGGACUUAGAAAAGUACGUUGAGAACUUGGACGCUUUGAAGGUUGACGCAAUAACGGAAGGAAAACCUGCGCCCGAAGUAGACGACCGUCAUCGCGUCAGAGUGUACAUAUAUUGCCCACCUUGUGCAUGUCAGGUUGCGACUGCUUUUGACAUAUGCAAGUACAGCGACAAGAAGGAUUUUGUGGAGUUCUAUAUUCGAAUCGAUCAUCGCCAAAGGACAAGCUGUUCAGCGUCAGUCUCCAGGAUUGAAGGGCUUAUCUCAGUCAUUGAUCACCUUAAGAAGAAAGAGAAGAAUUAUCAUCAAUCGCAUCGUGAUUUCGAAAUGGACCGGCUGAAAGCGAUCGACCGCGAGUGGCUGGAACGGCAAGUCUACCACUACACGGAGGAGGAUCGCUUAGCAACGCUGUCCCCAGCAAACCAGCUUGCACGUAUUGCUGAGCUCCACAAGGAUGAACAACCAUGCGCGGCUAUCAUUCUGCUUGGAGAGGCAGACUACUGCAUCCCGCUCAUGGGAGCGCUGCCGUUCCGUCCGUUUGAGCCAGGCGGACUGCCUCGGGAAACCCAGCUCUUCAGGAGCUGGCAAAAGCCCGACCCGCUGCUCAAGCGCUUCUGCUGGGAGAGGGAUUACAUGGGGACAUACUCAUCAAAAGCUCCGUUGCCACCUAGAAGGCCAGUACCUGCAGACUCGGAUACAACGCAGAGGUUGGAGAGCGCUCAGCGCAUUCUCAAACGACCCAGAAGCUCGACCUCAGAGGAAGGCUCUUCACCUCUUGUAAUCUGA